CAACAAAUGAAUGCACUGAAUGAAGGAAUGAUCCUGCAUAUGAAAGUCCAGUGAAAUGUUGAAACUCAACUCAAGUGUGUGAGGAUCAACAUGACGCAGCGGUGGGCUCUACUCAUCAUUCUUAACCUGGCCAUGUACCUGGCAGCCUCUCAGCAUCACAGGAAAACUCUGUAUCCAUCUGCAUAUAGGAUAAAGCGCGGGACGUAUUCGCUCAUCAACCCCACGUUCCUGCGAUCGGCAGAGGAUGUGGACCUGCUUUUUGAGAUCCUGCUGGCUGGAAUGCAGAUCCGAGAUGGAGAACACCACAUGCUGAUCCCAGAUGAGGAGCUGGCCUCCCUGAGGAGCGUGGAGAAGCUGGAGGUCAUCUGUGAGGACGUCCUGCCCAAGUCGCUCUCAGACAUCCGCCGCCUGACAGUGGAGCUGGGCCGGCGCCGCCAGCCUCUGAGCUGGCAGGACUUCGAGAGGACGGUGCUGACGCUGGUGUACACCACCCAGACGCUGGCUGGAGCCAGCAGCCAGCAGCAGAAGGAGGCGUGGACAGACGCAGCGGUGCAGCUGUUCAGAGCCCUGCAAAAAGACCUCAAAGACCUUGAGGGAGGAUCACAAGAUGUAUUAUUUUAAGAUGUUUUUAUGGGCAUUCACUUGCUUAUGGUCACUGAUUUAUUGUAUGUGUUACACUGCAGUUCCUGUCUGAAGCUUUUUCCAAGAAGUUAUCGAUCCAGUAUACUAAUUGUUAUAGAAUACAAGAAAUCAACCAAAAGAUAACUCCUAUCCACCCAUUAAAAUACUAGUUAUUGAAAACACUAGUGGGUGGAACUUAAAGGUCUCCUAUUAUGCUAUUUUUAGGCAUAUAUUAUGGGUCUCAGAUAUAUACAAAUAUAUUAAAAACAUGUCUAUGAUGUGUUUUGCUCAAAAUACCAAACAGAUCAUGCAUUUUAGACAUCCCUCAUAUCCCUCUAUUUCAGCCCUGUUAGAGAAGCGCUGAUUCUGUGACUGUAACUUUAAAUUUGAAUUUGGCUGAUGCUAGCCCCGCCCCUGUUUGAGCACGGCAAGGCAAGCAGUGAGGUCUCCUCUCUGCCGGCAGAAUGUCAGCUAAUUUCUGCCGUGAUUAAAUGCCAUAUUAUGUU